AUGAUAGAGAUAGAAGCGACAUCUAGCGGCGAGAAUCGGCAGUACCAGUUAUUAAGUGAGAUAAGUGAAGUGCAAUAUUAUAAAAGUGUUCAGAAGACAAACUGUACAAAUAAAAUCUUCAUCGCUGGAAAUAUUCAACCCCCAACAUCUACUUCAUCUGCAUAUAUGGACUCAUCACCAUCAACAGGACAGGAACAGAACAUCAACAGGCUUAUUGCUCUUUAUUAUAGUGCUCUGCGUGCAUCGCUGGCAAAUACUACGUUGUUAUUGUACAUGAGUAACAACGUGAAAAAGAACUGCGGAGCAUCUUCUGUGAAUGAUGCUACGGAGAAUUUGGUGAGGAAGAUGUCGUCGAUGGGGGACUCCCAGCCGCAGAAGGCUACUUCUUCUUCGCAAAAGAAGAUUUUUAUCAUACCGAAUCAUUAUUCUGUAUUAUUGAGAUACGUUGCUACUUUAUUCCUCUGUUAUGUUACAGCGCAACCUGGAGCAUUAGCUCGACUGGACCUUCUGUUAUCGGAGACCCAAGAAUUGAAGGAUAAGAUAAAUUCCAUGUUCAAAAUGCUGAGGGUGACGAGGAGAAACUCCCCUAAGGUUAGGGCCAGGCCUGUGUGCUUCCCCUUCAAGUCCAUUGCAGACCUGCUGGAAUUUAAUAAUGCCACCGACAAUUGUUUGACGAUGUUCUGCUUCGAAUUACACAACGACCUCUUCCGGAAUUUGUGUUGGCAUGGCUCCAAGAAGAACCGCGUGAAGGUGGCUCUCAAGUCGACGCGUUUUGCCGAAGCUUGCGAAGCUGCUAUGAAUCUCGACAAGGAUGGUAUGGAGAAGCCCACCUUGGACAAAUUUUCUACUACCAUGACAAAGGCAAUAAAGAAUGUCAAGGAAGGGUAUCGCAGGAAGAGAGCUGCUGUAAACGAGCUGGAAGAACAGCCUCCGCACCGUCGUGCUCGUGUUCUUUUGCCGAGGAACAAUCCAGCAAUCGUCGUCGAACAGCCGCCGCAUCAGGACGACAAUUAUGAGGAUGUCGAUCCUUUCCGACAAGAGCAACAGGCACCUGCCAACGUCGAAGAGGAGAACGAGGACGCUGAGGACGACCCUGCAGGGGAGGACCAGCACGAGGACGAAACUCAGUACGAGGAGCAGCAGGAGUAUCAGCAGGAGGAGCAACCCGAGGAACAGGACUACGAGCGCAACGAAAUCAACCUUAACGCCCUGCACUACGUCGACAAUGAAGAAUAG